CGUUCUUGCGUGUAACUUCCGUAGACAAACAAAAGAAAUAAAAGGAAACCCCUCUUUCUCUAUUAGAAGAGAGCAACAACAGUAGCAGAAACAGAGAAAAAACCAAGACAGAAACACGAAAAAAGAUCAAAUUCUUUCAUUGUUUCUGUUCACGAAAUUCUAUAAAGAAAGCGAAAGAUCUUGUUCCUCUACAAUAAUGUUCUGUUUGUUGUAGCGGACAAGGGUUUUGAUUCAAGAGCAAGUCAGGGAAUGAGCUGUCUUUCAAGUGGUUGGAGUUGUGGAUUACACAAUUAUUGCCUAUCGUUAAUUUGAAAUUGCAUGGAGUGGUAUUGUUGAGCAUUGCUUGUUUUUGGGCAUGGAAGAGGAUUGCGCAUUUAGGAUUGUCUGGAAGUGAUCAAGAAUUACUUUUUUUUGUUGUAUUGGAGGGUAAAGGUUUCUGGGUUUUUGGCUGUUUUAUGCUUGAUCUUGAACUUGGGAAUGAUUUGUGCGUUAGGGUUUCCUUUCAAGGGUAAGGAGGUUAUGGUUCUUUAUUGCCACAGAAGGCAACGCUGAAGAUCGGAUUUCAGUGGACAAUUUCAUUUCUCUAGAGACCUUGAGGUUUAACAUAAUUUGAGUAAAGUUGUUCAUCAAGAAGGAAAACAUUUCAAGGUUACUUUUGCAACUGAGUUUUUGUAGAAUUAUUGCAGUAGAGCGUAAUAUACUAGAAGAUUUGAUCGAGUGGAUUAGUUUGAGCUUUGUUAUUGAAGGGGAUUUUGGUGGAUUUGGAACUCGUGGCUGUUGGAUGUGAUAUACAACUUCAUGGGGAAGUGUUGAACCUGGUAAUGAAUGUGGGGACAUGGUGUAUGGACAGGAGCAUAGUUACUGGUCCAUUCCCUUUUCAGAACAGUGCUUUUGGAAAGUAAUUCGAUCAUUUUCUUUGGUGAAAGGCGUCACUGUUUUGUGUUUUGGGAUUCUGUUCAAUGUCGCGUUGCUUUCCAUUUCCACCACCAGGAUAUGAAAAGAAGGUUAGAAGUGAUGAUGUUGACCUACUAGAAAAGGAGAAGGACAAAGAAAAGAAGCACAAGAAGGAGAAGAAAGAUAGAGAAAAAAGAGAAGAUAUAGAAAAGAGGGAGAAAGAUAGGAGCGAAGAAAAGCAUAGGGAUAAGAAAAACAAAAAGGAAAAGCAUAGAGAGAAAAAGGACAGAGAUAAGGAUAAGGAAAAAAGUAGUGCCUCAGAUGAAAAGAGACUUCCGGGGCAAGCUAAGCUUGACAAUGGUGGAGAUAAAGCCUCAGGUGAAGGGAAACUUCCUCGGCAAUCUAAGCAUAUCAAUGGAGAUAAAGCCUUGGAUGGCUGGAAAUUUGGAGAGAAAUCUGAUGGUAAUGGUGGGGAGGUGUGCACUCAGAAGGGGAAGGAAAUUGAUGUGGAUAAAAAUAGUGUACCUAAUGACAAAAAAUUUGCUGGACAAUUAUCAGGUUACAACGGUCAGAAGCUAAUUCAAAACAGCACUUUGUUUCACCAACCUAAGGAAUCUAAAUUUGUCCAUGAGCUGGGCAAGAGAGCCAGAGCUGAAGACAGAAACCAGUUCUUUGAGAAGUUACCUGGUACAGAUGCAAAAAGGGAUGAGGGAAUGGUCAGACUGGUGGUGAAGGCCUCUGGAAAUUGGGUUGAAGAAAAAGAAAAGAACAAGCGAGAUGAUGAUACAAGGUUGGAUGGGCAUGGAAUCAGGGAUGAGGCAAGAUUUACUGGAAGUGUUCAGAGCCUUUCUGGAACAUUUCUGGCUAGAAUUGAUGGAAUGCUCAGACCACUGGAGAAAGACAUUGAGAAGAAGAUGGAAGAGAAAUAUCAGACCAAGCAAAAGGAAACUGAUUAUAAACACAAGGAUAGACGGAAGGAUAAAGAGAAAAAAGGUAAAGAGAAGGAUAAAGUCAGUGUUAAGGUCAAGAAAAAGAAGGAGAAAGCAAAGGAGAAAAGUGAGCAUAAGAAGAAAGAUUCAGUUAAAUUGAAGGAAAGCAAUAUGUCUGACGUUGUAGGUAACCAUACUGUAAAAACCUCACAUCUUCUCAAGGAGAGCACUAAAAGUGCUGUCGAAGAAGUAAAUAUAAAGAAACGAAAGGACUCGGACAUGAAUGGAUUUUUGCAUGCUAAUGAUAUUAAGCCUAAUAAGUUGCCAAGGCCUACUUCUUCCUUGCCUCUAUCAGCUGAGAAUGGAAGAAUGUUGGGAACAUGCCAAAUUUCCACCGCAGUUAUAAAAGGUAGACAGGAGGCUGUCUAUACCGAAAAGGUGGGUAAUAAAGGACACCUGAUAAAUGGUUUGAUAGAAGCUCAAGCUCCAUCCAUCUCCUCAACAACUGAAUCACUACCUAUUUCUUUAACGAAGUCUUUAACAAAACCUUUGGAUUCAUCUGCACAAACUGAUCAAAUAGCUGAAGUGCCUAGGAAACAACCCCACCCAGAUUCCAAGUAUCUGCCUGAGGUGCUUACAGUACCCAAAAUGGAAGAGUGGUUAGAAUUUGAGGAUCAAGAAUGGCUAUUUCAGAGCACCAAUUCCCAAGCAAAGAAGCCCAAGGUUGGGUCAUCAGGGGUCGAUGAGACACCAAUGGUGUGGUCAGAAGCUCUGCAGAUUGAGAUGGCUGAUGUUUAUGCACUGCCAUACGUAAUGCCUUACUGAUGAUUUUGGCAAUUGGACACGGUUGCCUAUCAUGCACCAUCUAAUGUGAUGGACCCUCCAUAGGACCACACUGAGGAGAGGUAUUGCAGCAUCUUGGCCUUGAGUUGGUUAUUUGAUUAUCGAGCUGCAUGUUUCUUAUUCCUUGGACAGUGUAGUCUGCAACUGCCUCAGUUUCGUAGUGAAGCGCAUUCUUCAACUGCCUGAUUUUUGAAAGGGUGGUGAAUGCAAAUGAUCUCGGACACAGAAGUGCAUGCAGGAGCAAGCACAUAUACGAAGUUAUCAUUGAAGGGCAGGUUUUUACCUCCUGGAACAGAAUCACAAAUUCAUUUAGAAAAAGCAACUGAGCAGGGUUGCUUGGAAGAGAUGCAUAAGCUUGUGCAAUUUUAUUUUAUUUGCCUAAAGCCAAAGUUCUUUCUAGUUGAAAAUGUAAAAGAAAAUGGCUGUGGUCUUGGCAACUCCACAACAGUUUUGAUUUGUAGCAUGCAAGGCUUAUUUACAAGGAAUGUCAGAUAGAAGAAAAGGUAGUAGCAUUCAUUUAUUCA